AUGGCUGCGGAGCCUCUUUCCAACGGCGUUGGUGCGAACAACAAGAAGGUCGCCUACUUCUACGACUCUGAUGUAGGCAAUUAUGCCUACGUCUCCGGUCACCCAAUGAAGCCGCACCGAAUUCGCAUGACGCACAGUUUGGUCAUGAACUAUGGCCUUUACAAGAAAAUGGAAAUCUACCGUGCGAAACCGGCCUCGAAAUAUGAAAUGACUCAAUUCCAUACCGAUGAAUAUAUCGACUUCCUGUCAAAGGUGACACCAGAUAAUAUGGAUCAGUUUUCGAAGGAACAAAGUCGUUACAAUGUCGGUGACGAUUGCCCUGUGUUCGAUGGUCUGUUCGAAUUCUGCGGUAUCAGCGCUGGUGGCAGUAUGGAGGGCGCAGCGCGAUUGAACCGCAACAAAUGUGACGUUGCUGUCAACUGGGCGGGAGGUCUGCACCAUGCCAAAAAAAGCGAGGCUAGCGGCUUCUGUUACGUGAAUGAUAUUGUUCUCGGCAUUCUGGAGCUUCUUCGUUUCAAGCAGAGAGUCCUCUAUGUUGAUAUUGACGUACACCACGGCGAUGGUGUUGAAGAAGCGUUCUACACGACAGAUCGUGUUAUGACCGUCUCGUUCCACAAAUAUGGCGAGUAUUUCCCGGGCACAGGCGAGCUCCGCGAUAUCGGUGUCGGCCAUGGAAAGUACUAUGCCGUCAACUUCCCUUUGCGUGACGGUAUCAACGAUGUCUCCUACAAGAGCAUUUUCGAGCCUGUGAUCAAGAGCGUUAUGGAAUGGUACCGUCCCGAGGCUGUUGUCCUGCAGUGCGGUGGUGAUAGCUUGUCUGGGGACCGCCUAGGUUGUUUCAACCUGAGUAUGCGCGGCCAUGCCAAUUGUGUCAACUUUAUCAAGGGCUUUGACUUGCCAACCUUGAUUCUCGGUGGAGGUGGCUACACCAUGCGUAAUGUCGCACGUACCUGGGCUUUUGAAACUGGCAUUUUGGUCGGAGACAGCCUGGGCUCUGAUCUGCCCUACAACGAUUACUACGAGUACUUUGCACCGGAUUACGAGCUUGAUGUUCGCCCCUCCAAUAUGGACAACGCCAAUACGAAGGACUACCUUGACAAGAUCCGAACCCAAGUUGUUGAGAAUCUUAAGCGUACUGCGUUUGCGCCCUCGGUCCAAAUGACCGAUGUGCCGCGCAAUCCUCUUGUCGAGGGCAUGGACGAUGAUGCCGAUGAUGUUCUCGACGACCUAGAUGAGGAUGAAAACAAGGACAAACGAUUCACUCAACGUCGUUUCGAUCAGUACGUCGAAAAACCUGGCGAGCUCAGUGAGAGCGAGGAUGAGGAUGAGAACGCCGCCAAUGGUGUCCGUCGCCAACCGGGAGCUAUUCGACGUCGCAACCAAGUAAAUUACAGGAAUCUUGAUCCUGCGGACUCUGGUCUCGACAGCGGUAUGGCUACCCCGCAGGAUGCCUCGUCUGUCGCUGAUGGCGACUUGGAUAGUGGCUUGGACACCAAGAUGACCGACGUGCCCCGAACGGAGCCUGAGGCGUCGGCUACUGCCUUAAAUGAUCAGGAUAACGCUGCUGAUGCCGAUCAAAUGGUGGUCGAAGGCGAAGACAAGGAUGCAUCUGCGGCCGCUUCUCGGCAACCUUCUUCCCCGCAUGACGAGGAUACAGCCAUGGAGGAUGCCGCUCCGGCUCCUCAAUCCGAACAGUCUGCUCCUGCAACUGAGCCCCAGGAAGAGAAGAAGCCAGAGACUUCAACUGCUACAGACGAUGCCUCUGGUACUCCUAAAGCUCCCACUUCUCCUCGAGCUGAAUUCCCCUCGAAAGAGCCCUCUGCGUCUGCAGCCGACAAAGAUGCGGAAGUUCAACAUUCUGUCUCUGCUGAAGAUUCGGAAGCCAGGGCAGCCAUCUCGGCGCCUCUUGGUGAGCCAACCAAAAAAGAGGAGGACUAA